AUGUCAACUUGUAAAAUACACAAUAUUAGGUUUUAUAAUCUUGAACCUCGAUCUGUUACUUGUUUAUCUUACGAAACUAAAACAAAAAAACUUGCUCUUGCAAGGAGUGACAAUUCAAUUGAAGUUUGGAAUGUUGGAAAUGCACCUUUUAUAGAGUGUACAGUACCUGGUCAUGCUGAAAAUUCUAUAGAAAACAUUCUGUGGAUUGGAACAAGGUUGUUUUCAACUGGUCUUCAUGGCAUGAUAGCAGAAUACGAUUUAACAACAUUAUGUAUUAAAAAUGAGGUUGCAGUAACUGGAGGUGCAGCUUGGUGUAUGGAUGUUAACCAUACCAAAACAUGUUUAGCUAUUGGUACUGAGGAUGGAUAUAUUAAUACAUUUACUGUUGCUUCCGAUUCAUUGAUAUAUGAAAGGUUAUUUGAUAAACAGAAGGGAAGAAUUCUUUGUAUUAAAUGGGACAACACAGGAAAAAUGAUUUAUACAGGAUCUGCAGACACAGUUAGGGUUUGGAAUGCUAUAUCAGGUCAUGCAAUUCAUAAAAUGACAACUUCCAGAAAGGAAGCAAAAAAAGAAACUAUCAUUUGGUGCUUAGGAGUUACUGAUGAUAAUAUAAUAAUUUCUGGUGAUUCACGUGGGUGUUUAUCAUUUUGGGAUCCUCAUAUGGGUACAUUAAUUGAAUCCCACGAAAGUCACACAGCUGAUAUAUUAGCUGUCUCUUUGACUCAUGACAUGAAUAUUGUGUACUGUGCUGGUGUUGAUCCUGUAGUAAGGAGUUUUUGUAAAAUAACUAUGAAAUCUAGUGGUAGACCACAGUGGGUAAAAGGAAUCGAAAGAAGAUUACAUACUCAUGAUGUAAGAGCUUUAGUUGAAGCAGAUGGGAAAUUAUACUCAGCUGGUGUGGAUGGAUAUCUUGCUCAAUCAAGUUAUCCACCAAAAGCACUGGUUAAGUAUCCACCAUUACUUCAGCCUCCAUGUGCAACUGUUUGUAGAAAAUCUAGGUGUAUUCUGUUACGAUAUACAAACUUUCUCGAGCUAUGGAGGCUUGGUUUAUCCACUAAAGUACCUUCAGAAAUGCUACAUCCUGGUAUGUUUCAUCAGUUAGAGGAGGAGCCUAUAAAAUUGUUACAAAUAAAAACGAAAAGGGACGAGAACAUUAUUUCUUGUGCUAUUAAUAAGGAUUCUAAAACAAUUGUUUAUUCAACUGAUAGUCAUGUUAGAGUUUUUAAUUUUGAUGUAAUCGAGGGAGAUGCACAGUUGUCAAAGAAUGACACAGACAUUUCUGUAACCAGAAUAGAGAAAAUGUUAUUUAGUCCAAAUGGAAAAUUAUUUGUAACAAUCAAUAAUGAUGGAAAAAAGAACACUGUAACAUUGUAUAAAGUGGAGAAGAAACAUCUGAGGCAUCUUGGUUCUUUUAGUACAAACAAAGAAUCCAUUGUAAAUGUUGGACUUGCAUGUUUUUCACCUGACAGUAAAUAUUUUGUUUGUGCUGACCGCAAAGAUAGCAUUGCUGUGUAUAAUUUUAAUGAACGUUCACCUCCAGGCACACCUGUGGCAUGGUUGUUGCCUAAGUAUAGCUGUCCACCAACAGCUAUGGCAAUUCAGAAAGACACUUUAAAUUUAGUUGUUGUAUAUUCAGAUCACAAGAUCGUCGAAUAUAACAUUUUACAAAGGCAGUAUACCAAAUUUUCAAACAAUUUACAAAGUCGACUUCCUAAACAAUGGUUGGCACGCUCCUUUCCUAUAACUAACAUCAUUUUCGACCCGCGCAACGAAAAUAUCAUAAUCAUGCACGACGACUCGACGGUUUAUGUGAUCGACAAAUUACACGAUUUUCCGGAAAAAGAAGCGAAAAUUCCAAAACGCGAGAACGACGACUUCAUGGAAGAUAGUAAUUCCAUGUUUAGUUCGCAGUCUCAACAAGCCUUUCAGGUCCUCAAAAAGUACAAGCACCUUGUAUACUUGGAUUGGUUGAACGAGGAGGAAUUAGUAGCCGUCGAGGUGAAUCCGAUAUCAUUGACAGAGAAAUUACCGCCAACGCUCAAACAGAAAUGGUUCGGAAUGUAAAAAGCACGAAGAAAGAAAUAAACAUAUUAUAUUCCAUUCUUUUCAUGGAAUCAAAUGUUGUGUAUAAAGCUGUUGGCACGUUUUUGUGGAAUACCUGCUAUCUUAAGAAACCUUGGAAUCAUCACGUGUUUCUACGACUCGCACACUAUCACGAUUCUCCUGUUUAU